AUGUGUCAGGAUUUCGAGAACCGUCAGCCAGCAGGACUAAAUUUCGUUAAUUUCCCAAUGAUUGCACGAAAGUUCUAGCCGUAGGCUUCAGAAAAGUAAAGUUAUGAGUUUCUGUUGAGCUACCAGUAAACCACUAAGGUAGAAGAACCAUGGAGGCGCUCUACUUCCAGACCAACGGUCUGAUCCAGGAAACGCAGCAAUGUUUUCAGCAGCUCAGCCUGGUUCGGACGGAUUCCGGCGCCGUCGAGACCGACAUCCAGACCAAGUUGGCCACAAUUAAUGCCAACUGCGACCGGCUGGACGUUCUGCUGUACAAGGUUCCGGCGGCGCAACGGCAAAACGCCAAAAUGCGCGUCGACCAGCUCAAGUACGACUUGCGGCACCUGCAGGCCGCCCUCAAGCAGUACCAGGACAAAAAGAGUCGCCGCGAGCUGGAGCAAGCGGAGCGGGAGAACCUGCUCAACAAGCGCUUCACCGCCAACUCGGAAACCUCAAUCGAGAUCGAUUACUCGCUGCAGCACAACAACUCGAUGCAGAACGCGCACCGUGGAGUGGACGAAAUGCUGUGGACCGGGUCGAGCGUGCUGGACGGGCUGCGAAGUCAGCGCGAGACGUUGAAGGGAGCGCGCAAGCGGAUUUUGGAUGUGGGCAAUACGCUCGGGUUGUCGAACCAGACGAUGAAGAUGAUCGAGCGGAGGCUGGUCGAGGACAAGUACGUGAUGGUGGGCGGGAUGGUGGUCACGUUGCUGAUUAUCGUGCUGGUUGUGUGGUAUUUUGUGUUUUAGGCUGAAAGUGUGAGAGGGAAAGCGAUUUCUGCUAGAAAAAUAUUUUAUCUGACCGAGCUAGCAAUUAUUUAUCCUGUACGAGUAACUUUAUAGAUUGUAACUAGUGUGGCUUUGAUACUAAGGAAUGUAUUGUUAAAAAGAUUAUAAUAAAACACUCAAUCAUCCAAAAUAAUCGUUA